AAUUGCGAUUGUGGUUCAUCAUGGACGCUUAUUACGUAUCUAUCUGCAUUUUACUUCUGUCAUGUGGUCUGACAAUUCAGAUGCAAGAAACAGAAGAAGUGGUCACAACGAACACCGGUUAUGUGGUUGAACCCCAACAGCAAAAUGCCACAGAACCGCCGCUGCCAGUUACGCCUGCCCCAGUUGUCAACUGUACAACAGGACGCGGUGCGCCCGGUCAGUGCGUUGAACGGCAGGCUUGCGACUACGGAACACCAGCAAUCGACUCCACGUUAUACGCACCGAGAGGCUACAGAAAAGUAUGCAAAGAAACUGAAGCGUGCUGCCCAUUGAAGUCGAUUGUAGUGGCGACGGCGGCGCCGCAGCAGAUUAACAAUAUGCAAGACGAUAGCACAUUUGAUUUUGACGCUGAUGACUAAUAUAAUUGAUAUUAAAAUUCUCUUAAGAUGUAUAUAAUGUUAAUUUCUUAAGAUUUCUUAAUGUUAUAAAUCAGUAUAUUUUUAUAAAAUCAUAUCAAGUCAGUUAAUUACUAUUUUACAUGUUUGG